CACACACAUACACUUAGAGAUACAAACACACAUACACACACAUACACUCACUUAUUCAGUCACACACACACGGUGUAGCAUUUGAGCCGCAGGCUGGCCACAUCCAGCACCUAGCUGGGUAAAUGUGAGUUGUUGGGCUGCGUUAAACGGUCGCUGGAAUGCGAUUGAAGUGGUCUGCGGCUCGGCCCGGCGGACAAGGCUCCGUGGCGAAGCCCUCUUCUCUGGCUGGCCUCCCGCCAAGUCCAGCUGCCAGAGCCUACAGGGAGAGCCCUGAUCUGCGCCGUGCCUCACCACACAGUUACCAUGCCGGCCCUGGAGCCCGUUGGGCAGGCCGCUGAGCAUCAAGGGAGCCAUGACAGCAGCGUGACGGCAGCCUGAAGCGCGGUGCCACCACAAACACAGCCGGUACCGGCUCGGAUCAGGCCGAAGAGGAGCGGAGAGGUACCGAGCCAGCUGUGGUGAGAUGAGAGGCCCGCCGACUGGGUGAGCUGGGCUGCUAGCAGUGCCAAGGAGCAGAGAGCUCUGUCCAGGGAGCUACAGAAGAUUUCAGUGUGGUUAGACACGUCCAGCUGUUUCUCUGCAAUUUGGAGCUUUGCUAAGGGGCCUUGAUUACUGCAUGAGCGACGGAGAGGGAGAGGGAGAGAGAGGGAGGGAUUGCAACAGCCUCUUGGCAGGUACACUGGAGUGUGACUGCAAGCUUUUUCCCCCUUCAGUGCAUAAUUUCACCAGGAAGUGAAAAGAAAUCACCAGUAAAGUCCCCUCUGAAGCUCCCCUAAAGGAAAAACAAGGGGCCUACAUUCCAAGACGGAGGAGGAGGAGGGGAGUCGAUGCGGAGUCAUGACUCCUGAAGGUGUGGCCGUCACUCUACCAUGGGGUCUAGAGAUGACGAGAAGUGUGUUGGAGAUGAUCUGAGCAACAAGGAUUCCAGCAGCCAUGAUUUACUGAAGACAGAGCUACGGUUGCUUCCCCUCAGCAGUAAGAUGGAGGCUUUUCUCCACCAGCGGAAACCAGCUGCUCGGACCUGCAGUCUGGGAGAAACAGUGCCCAGAAGCCACACCUUUCAUGCCAUUGGCCAGGACACUAAAAAAGUGUCAGAGGAGGAAGGAUCGCCAAGGCAACGGCGGAUAACUGUCGCAUCUUAUAUACCCCAAUCAAAGGACCAAAAUGGAAAUUUUGCUGGAAAGGAGUCGUUGAACGGGCCACGGGCCAAAGCUCUCGCCGAGCUCAACACGGAGGAAGUCUGCCAGUGGUUCAGCAGCAUCGGCCUCCACCAGUGCCUGCCCCUCAUUAGAGGAGCUCAUCUCAGUGGCUCUCAAAUCGCCUCUAUUGACCUGAGCACUCUAGAGCUCCUCCAGGUCUCCAACCUGGACGACAGAGAGAGGCUCCUAUCUGCCAUCUAUGAGGAGCUUCAUCCACCCAACACGGCCUCUCAGAGAGUGGACUCGCUUCUAGCAGCGUUUGGGCCGCACAAUGUCGAGAAGUUUACAGCUGCCCUUGUGUCCAUGACCAGAUCCCACUCCUCGCCCCAUGUCAGCAAUCUAAACCAGUGCUCGUUCAGGUUCAGACAAAGAAGUGCUGUUGCCCAGAGGAACUCACAGCUAAUUGAAGUAACAAUUAAAGUGUGUGCAUCGGAGCAGAUCGUACACCUUCGGACACCCCAGGACACAGCAGUGUGUAAAGUGCUGGAGUCGUGCCUGAGAAUGCUUGGAAGCGAGGAGGAGAAGGACUCCUUCAUCUUGAAGGUCAUGGAAGAUGAGCUGCCCAUGGAGCAGCUGCUUGGGGAUGUGCUUGGCACAGACAGUCGACUCAUAGAGCUGCUUCUGUGCAAAAAGGAGAAACCAACACAAUCUGAGCUCUCAGCUUCGACCCCAGCAUGUCCAGUCAUGAACAACUGUGAUGUAGAAAACCAGAUACAAUGCUGCAACGAUGAGAAAUUGCAAGAGUUGAACCAACAGGUGGAAUCCCUUCAGAAUGUGAUCUUGCAGGUGCAGGAGCUUCAUCAUGGCCUGGUGGCCUUCUGCGGUGAGCUACGGAAUAUGGACGCGGAGCCAGACACAGAGGGCCUGAGCAGCGCGGAACUGGAGGAGCAGCUGGCCCAGACACAGAGCUCCCUGCAGGACAAGAGACAGAGGCUCCAGGCCCUGAAGGACAGUCUCAGCACGGUGGCCAUACACAGGACGCACAGGAGGGUGGAAGUGCGUUUGCUGGAGAAGAUGAGACUGAACUGCCAUGUGUUUCAAGAGGAGAUCACCUUAGUUCACCUGAAUCGCCAGUUGGCUCAUCUUCAGGUAGCCCUCGAGGAAUGUCAGGUCAAGGAGGAGAAGGCUGAGAGGAAACAACGUUCCACUCUGGGCCAGCUGGUGUCUCUGCAGUCCCCCGCCAUGCUGGUGGCCACCCAGGAGACGCAGGGGCCAGAUGGCUUCGGCUUCACCGUCCAGCUCAUUAGGGGACAAGGCCUGGUGGUGGUGCAUCGCUUGGAGGAGUCCCACCUCUGUGUCAGCGACAGGCUGGUGGAGGUGAACGGGGUUAGUGUGGUCGGCAGCGGAGAGGACGAGCUCCAGGCUCUGCUCCGCCACCAGACCACUGCCCACAUCGUCGUCCUGCGCAGACCUCCUCCUAAUCCUCCUCCUGUCCAGGAGCUGCCUGCUGAUGCUACUGCUGCUGUUAGCGCCCCCCGGAGCACAGGAGUUUACACUGCAGUCUCCAGAUGACAGACAGCAGGCUGAGCAAGAGGAUUGCAUAACUUCUUCCCCUUCUUCUCGUCCUCUCUUCUUCUUGUCUCCAACUUUUUCUUCCUCUUUGUCCCUUGUUCUUUCAUUCUUUCUUCUUCUUUCUGUUGCCUUGUUUCUCUUUGUCCAUGCUUUAUGUUGUGUCUUAUUUUUGUGACCCUUUCUGUGCCUGUUACCAUAGGGAUUAGUGUUAGGUAUUUGUUUCCUCUGCUUCAAUGAAUGUAAACAUGUGCAUGAUUUUUUUUUUAAAUCAAAUGUUUUGUAUCAUAUUUGACUUUUACAUAUCAUGUUGUUUUUAAAGCAAUGAAAAUGGCACCCCAGUACUGUGGCACCCUCCAUAUCUGUGCUCAGUGUAAUUAUGACCGCCGCGCAGCGAAGCGGCGGUCAUGUAGGUUUAGUCAGAUUUUUUU